UUUUUGCAAUUUGCUUAACCACCACGUCUAAUGACAUGACCUAAUUACACAGGUUUGACUGUUCAGGCUCUGCUUUUCCUUCACUAUAUGUCCCAGCCAUGGUGCACACACCACUCACCUAUCAAUACCCCAUAACAGCAGGAAAAGAAAACAAAAGAAACCAUAAUCACAUUUUCUCCAGCUUUUCAGAGUCCAACAAGAAGAGGAACAUUAUUUGUUAGUAUUGUGUUUACGGGCAGAGUUGGAAGUAAUUUGUGCACAAAAAAUGGGUUCACACCAGCACCACAACCUGAACUACUACUCAGAUUCUGAGACCACCGGCGCCGGUGACAGAGUACCUUACAGCAGUUCAUUCAGUGGACCGUUAAACAAAAAAGCAGGGAAAAAGAGUGCGACGUUCAAGGUACCAGCAGUCGCGGACUCGAGCAAAUCCAACGAUGAACAAUCAUAUGUGGAGAUCACUCUCGAUAUCCGUGAAGAUUCGGUGACGGUUCACAGUGAUAGAACUUCUAACCGCGAAGAUCCGGAGCUUCUUUUACUCGCUAAGGGCCUUGAGAAGAAAUCUCCGUCGGUUUUGUUGAGAAAUGCUUCUGCACGCUUCAAACAAGUCUCUCAAGAACUGAAGCGAUUUACUUCGUUUUCGAAGAAACCGGUGGCUCGGUUAGAUAGGAAAAAAUCAGCGGCGGCUCGGGCGUUGAAGGGGCUAAAGUUUAUUAACAAGACUGAUGGAUGCAGUGGGUCUGGAUGGGAUAGUGUUGAGAAACGAUUCGAUGAACUCACUGAAUCCACGAAUGGAUUGUUGACUCGGGCUCUGUUUGGCCAAUGCAUAGGAAUGAAGGAGUCGAAGGAGUUUGCAGGGCAGUUGUUUGAUUCGAUUGCAAGGAAGCAAGGGAUUAAGGGAGAUUCAAUCGAUAAAGAACAGUUGAAAGAGUUCUGGGAACAGAUCUCCGAUCAGAGUUUCGAUUCCAGGCUUCGAACUUUCUUUGACAUGGUGGAUAAGGACUCAGAUGGCAGAAUCACAGAAGAGGAAGUAAGAGAGAUUAUCAGUCUCAGUGCCUCUGCCAACAAACUAGUUAAUAUCCAGAAACAAGCAGAGGAAUACGCAGCACUAAUCAUGGAAGAGUUGGAUCCAGAAAAUCGUGGAUACAUCAUGAUAGACAACUUGGAAAUGCUUCUACUAGAAGCACCAUACGAAUCCGUUAGAGGAGAGAGCAAGAACCUAAGCAAAAUGUUAAGCCAGAAGCUUACACCAAAACUGGAGAAGAACCCAUUAAGAAGAUGGUGUACAAGUAGCAGGUACUUUGUAUUGGACAAUUGGCAGAGAGUUUGGGUGAUGGCUCUGUGGAUUGGGGCCAUGGCAGGCCUAUUUGCUUGGAAGUAUGUUCAAUACAGAAACAGAGCAGCAUAUCAAGUCAUGGGUCAAUGCGUAUGCAUGGCGAAAGGCGCAGCCGAGACACUUAAACUCAAUAUGGCCAUAAUCCUGUUUCCCGUCUGUCGAAACACCAUCACCUGGCUUAGGAACAAGACCAGAUUAGGCGUUGUGGUUCCUUUUGACGACAACCUCAAUUUUCACAAGGUAAUUGCGGUGGGGAUUGCAAUUGGAGUUGGAAUCCACGCGAUUUCACAUUUAGCCUGCGAUUUUCCGCGACUACUUGGUGCAAGUGAAGAGAAAUAUAAGCUCAUGGAGCCAUUUUUCGGGGAUAAACCUUCAAGUUACUGGUAUUUUAUAAACUCAGUGGAAGGAGUAACUGGGAUUAUAAUGGUAGUACUAAUGGCAAUAGCCUUCACAUUGGCAGCUCCUUGUUUCAGAAAAAGUAAGCUCAACUUGCCUAAACCACUUAAGAGGUUAACUGGAUUCAAUGCCUUCUGGUAUUCUCACCACCUGUUCAUCAUUGUCUACACUCUGCUUAUUGUGCAUGGGAUUCACCUCUACUUUACCCACAAAUGGUACAAAAAAACGACUUGGAUGUACUUGGCCGUUCCGGUCACUCUUUAUGCCUGUGAAAGGUUGAUUAGAGCACUCAGGUCCAGCAUCAAGGCUGUCACAAUACAAAAGGUGGCUGUGUAUCCUGGGAACGUGCUAGCAAUUCACAUGUCGAAGCCCCAUAAUUUCAGAUACAAGAGUGGACAAUACAUGUUUGUCAAUUGUGCUGCCGUGUCUCCUUUUGAAUGGCAUCCAUUUUCCAUCACUUCAGCCCCUGGAGAUGACUACCUCAGCGUCCAUAUUAGAACGCUUGGUGACUGGACUCGACAGCUGCGGACACUAUUCUCAGAGGUGUGUCUGCCACCACUGAAUGGGAAGAGUGGACUCCUCAGAGCUGACUGCGUCCAAGGAAUUAACAACCCCACCCUUCCAAGGGUUCUAAUCGACGGUCCAUAUGGAGCGCCAGCGCAAGACUACAAAAAAUACGAAGUACUACUACUAGUUGGUCUGGGAAUUGGUGCAACUCCCAUGAUUAGCAUUGUGAAGGACCUAGUGAACAACAUCAGAGCCAUAGACAACGAAGAGGAUGAUAUUGAUCAUAAUAAUGCUUUAGAGAAUGGUAGCAAUAACCAAUCAAAGAACCCUAGCCCUCCUUCUGGACACAGAAGAAGAGAGAACUUCAAGACUAGAAGAGCAUACUUCUACUGGGUCACAAGGGAGCAAGGCUCGUUCGAAUGGUUUAAAGGGAUAAUGAACGAAGUCGCGGAACUCGACCAUAACAAUGUGAUCGAGCUUCACAACUAUUGCACUAGUGUUUACGAAGAAGAUGAUGCUCGUUCCGCUCUCAUCGCGAUGCUUCAGUCUCUCAAUCACGCCAAGAAUGGCGUCGACAUUGUCUCUGGCACGCGUGUUAAGUCCCACUUCGCUAAGCCUAAUUGGCGCAAUGUCUUUAAGGGCGUUGCGCUUAAUCAUCCUGAUUCAAGAGUUGGGGUGUUUUAUUGUGGGGCACCGACGCUGACCAAGGAUCUAAAGCAUCUUGCUUUGGACUUUUCACAUAAAACAAGCACCAGAUUUGAUUUUCAUAAAGAAAACUUUUAGACUCAAAGUGCACUGUAUAAGGACAUGCUCUUUUGUUUUUUUGUAAAUGUUAAGUAACGUGGUCUCUGUCAUUGUUUUCUCAUAUUCGUUUUAAGUAUAGAACAAACAUAUCAAUCAAAGGGAAUGUAUAGAUUGAGUUAAUUAAUGAAAUUUCUGCAUAUAAAUAAAUA